AUGUACACCCAAUACAAGCUAUUGGAUCUGGUGGAGGAGAAGGAGAAGAUGCCGGAGGCCGCGGAGCUGAAAGGAGCGUGGAUGAAGCGAUCGUUCGAUGCGUACAUGCUCAUGGUGCAAGCGGUUGGCGGACGACAACUUGACCACAUCAAGGACCUCUUGGGUGAUCCAGAGUGUGGCCCCAAGGCUUGGUGGAAGCUUCUCGAUGUGCACUCACCGACACAUGCUACCGGCAUCGUGCUACUCGCGCGGCGACUGCGCGACAUCAAGUUCGUUGAUGGAGAGCCGAUGCAACCGGUCGUGGAUUACAUUCGCGCGCGCAUCCUAGAGGAGGACUUGCGGCGGCGGAGUGUGGACCGCUCGGAGGAGGGGGCUGGCUAUGGAGUUGGAGGUGGAAAGAGUGGCUUCAAGAAGAAGUGGAAGGGCAAAAACAAGGACAACCCUAAGGAGGAUGGCGGCGGGGGUCAAGGGGAGGUGUGCUUCUACUGCAAGAAGCGCGGACAUCGUUGGCGGAAGUGCUACCAACGACCCAAGGAUUGGACCCCGCCUUCAUCGAGCAACCUGCAUGGUGGCAAGAGGAGUGGGGGAGUCAUGGGAGCUAGUGGAGAGGAGAAGGAGGAGGAGGAAGGCGGCAAAUCUGAGGAGCGGAAGGCCGGGUUCUUCUUUUUCGUGAACGAAGGCGCAACCGACCUCGCUAUGGCUGCCAAGCUGCACCUUGAGGAUCUCCCUGGGUCAGAGCUGACCAGUGACCACAGUGGCGGUGGUGAGCAGCAAGUUUCUGGUCCUGCUGGAGAGGAGGGGUCGGAGGAUGAGUCGGCACGUGUGGACUCUCCAUCUCAGCCUGAGCCUGCUGCAAACGCCAAGGUCACCAAGAGGAGUGUGCAGGGAGGAGCUUCACCACAUGGGCAGCAGACUGUAACCCGCGGAUGA